AUGGCCGCACGUUCGCCAGCAAAGGUGCCGCAACGCAAGCCGAUAUCUGGGUCUACCAUUGUCCAUAUACCCAGGCAUUCAGACGACACGCCGAGGCCGCCUAAGAUUGGCGAGGACGUUGCGAUGCGCCUGAUUCAAGUCAACAGAGUGGUCGCCGCGACGGAGCGCGACUUGCACCGGGCCAAACUGGACAUCUACUCUCGCCGAUCCGCGCUCUUCGAAAGCAUCGACCCGGUCCUGCUGCCUCUGAAGCUGCUGCCCGAAGAGCUGCGGAACGUGCAUGCCUGUAUCCGACAGGCGCUGGAAUGGAACUACCUCUCCUGCCAGGAGAAGGAGGUCUUGGAGGCGGCCUUCCGCGAAGCCUGCGCUGAAGUGAGCUUCGCCGUCCAGAACGUCGCGUUUGAAGAGCAGAACUACUUCCUCGGGCACAAGAACGAGCUGAUCUACUCCGCGACGGAGGAAGACCGACGGAGAUGGCAGAGCGUGAUCCUGAACAUGGCCGACGUCGACGAUUUGAAGGCUCUGGUGGCCCAGAUGUUCCCCCUCGGCGAGCAGCUCAAGAGUGAGGUGCAAAGACUGGGAGCGGCGCUGCAGGGUCUGACGAAGCUGAGGAUCAGGUGCAAGAAGCUCUUGUACGAAGCCAUGGAGGAAGCCAUGCAGAUGGACGAAGCUCUGGGCAAGACAGGAAUCACUAUGAACGUGCUGCUCCACCCGUGGUGGAACUAG